GCUGCUAAACAUUUCCAAACCAGGAUUAGUUGUCAUAUAAACACAGAGAUUGUCAACAUUCUGAAGCAAUACUUGACUGAAAAAUAGCAACAAAUGUUUCGGGAUAGUUGUUUUGGCUACUUCCUCGACUUGCCUCCAUUCAACAAUCAGAAUCAACUCAUAUAUGCUUUGUUACUGAAGGAAAUUGCCCUUGAUUGUGAAAAAGAGAUGUGGAUUACACUCAAUGGUAAUACCUUGCGGUUCGGCAUUAGAGAAUUUGCUUUGGUUACUGGGUUGAAAUGUUACGAAGAUGAUAACACUGUGUAUGAUGAGCCAGAAGUCAACAGGUUACUGAAAGAGUAUUUUCCCGGAGAUGGAAAAAAAUCAGUAACGAGGGAGAGUUUGCUUGAUCGCUUCAAGUAAAAGGGUUGGAAAUCAUAUGAGGAUGCGCUCAAAAUGGCCAUACUAGUAUUCGUCCACCAUUUCCUUUUCUCUGAUGCUUAUAAGCAUAGCAUAUUAAAAAAAUAUUUUGAUAUAGUUGAAAGUGGUCAGUAUCAGAGGUAUGCAUGGGGCAUAAAAGUAUUUGAAGACAUGUUCAGAACAACGAGGGAUAAACUGCGUGCCAAGUUGACAAUGUACAGGCUCGGGGGUCUGCCACUUGCAUUCCAAGUACGGUUUAAUGAGUGUUUCUCCACGGUUGACAAAACUCUAGCUUCUCGUGUUGGCAAUAGUGUGCAACGCAUCCUUAACUGGAAAGUCAAAGAAGCUCCGACGUUUGUGGACCUAACUAGUGGGAAACUCAUGACUAGUAUUUACCAGUUGGAGUACCGGAACCUUACCCCUACCAGUGAAGAGAUAUCAAGGCUGAAUCUUGCGGCAUUUUUUGAAGAUGUCAAUUUUGAUCUUCCAUUGGGAGAAGAUGUGCCUACCUUUGACAAUAAUCAUUCUAACGUUGCAUCCCCAGUUCAUCCACAGAAGCAACAGCCUCAUCCGAGAUGCAAUAGUUUUGCAAGCCCUGAUAGUUUAAAGGCUGAAAUUAGUGAGUUGAGCGUUGACGUCGGAGAGGUAUUGUAUUAACUUGUGCCUUUUCCAGUUUGUUGUAUACAUAUGCUUUGUUGGUUUAACUUUUGUCUUUUUUUUUUUUGUUCUCUAGCUUACCAAAAAAGUUGUGGUACUCAACGAUUAUGUAGUUUCUUCCUUUGAAAAACUCUUCAACUUGUUUGAUUCCAAGGCAAAGAAAGAAAAAAGAGGAUGAAAUUCCUGUUUCUAAAGUGCCCUUUUUCCAGAUUUUAUUUCCUUCUGUUUUUUAAAAAAUAAUAUGUAACCUCAAUUCUGUGUUAUUUUUAUUAGAAACAUCAAAGUGUUGAUGAUGAUGAUACAUAUGACCACGACGGGUAUCAACAUUUCGAUGAUCAUGACUUUGCCGCGAAUGUUCCUGAAGGAAAUAUGCCUGCUGAGGAAACUAAGUCAUGUGUCAAGGAAAAUGAGGGAGUUACUGGUGGUGAGGCAAAUGAGGGAGUUACUGGUGGUGAGGCAAACGAGGGAGUUACUGGUGGUUUUUCUGGUAUAUAUUCCCUCACCUUCUGAAUUACAUAAUUAUCUUUUAUUUAUAUAACUUAUAAUAUACCUUUCUCUGUCUUAGGGGCAGCGGAAACACCAGUUGUGAAUGAGUCAAACAUAGGUCAUGCCAAUGAACUCACUGAUGAAGUUUUGGCCAAGUUAAACAUGUCCCAAAUUGUGCUUCAUAGGCAACAUGCCAAUAAAGAAGACAUGACACCCGAAAAAUUGGCUCGAAAAAAGUUUCCACCAAAAUGUGUUUCUUCUCCAUUUGUGAUAGAUUUUGGUUCUGAUAUAAGUGGCACAUCAAAGUCAGCGCCCAAGUGCAUUUUUGAGGAGAAGUAUCCUUUUGUGAACAACAUUGAUAAGCUUGAUCCCUAUUCACCUGAGGGUAGAGCAUUUGCUGAGUUUGUUGAUGAUGGGAUGAUUUCAACACAAAGGUAGCUUCAUUGUUUUAAGAUUUUUCUUUUCUUUUUACAAUGAUCCGUAUGUGUUGAUUAUUUUUCA